AUGAUGAGCAGACAGUCUGGUCGGGAGAGAGAUGGGAGAAUAAAAGCUGAAGAAGAAAGAUCCAUAUCAAGCCGACGAAAAAGAAAACGAGACGGCCAAUUUAAAGACCAAAAUCACUCUGGGAAGGAAGAUGAUAAGAUAUCAAAUCGAAAGGUAAAGGAAAUUAAAAAGGAGAUAGAAAUUAAAUUGGAAAAACGAGGGGAGAGGGAAAAGGGGGGAAAUGCGAAUAAUUAA